CACUUUCCUCCAACCAAUAAUCUAUAUUCCCUCUAUAUCUGCUCUUUCUAUAAUAUUCUUCAUUAUUCUAUAUAUAUCUAUCUAUCAAAAUACAUAUAGCAAUGGUAGUGCCUUCUCCAACUUCUAUAAUGAUAAGAACAAAAAAAAUAAAUGCAGUGAGAAUUCCGACUAUCGACCUUUCUAUGGAAAGGUCGAAAUUGUCUGAAUUCAUUGCGAAAGCAUGCGAGGAAUAUGGCUUUUUCAAGGUGGUGAAUCAUAGUGUGCCAAAGGAGGUUAUUUCAAAGUUGGAAGAUGAAGGAACAGAGUUUUUCUCAAAAACCUCUCUAGAAAAGCGUCAAGCUAGUACUACUACUCCUUUUGGUUAUGGUUGCAAAAAUAUUGGCCCCAAUGGUGAUAUGGGUGACCUUGAGUAUCUUCUCCUUCAUACUAAUCCUCUUUCCAUCUCUGAGAGAUCCAAAACCAUAUCAAAAGACCCUAUCAAGUUCAGUUGUGCUGUUAAUGAUUAUACAGAAGCCGUUAAAGAAGUAGCAUGUGAGAUUCUUGAGCUAGCAGCAGAAGGUUUGUGGGUCCCAGACAAGUCCUCACUCAGCAAAUUUAUUAGAGACGUCCACAGUGACUCACUCCUAAGAAUCAAUCACUACCCUCCUGUGAAGAAAGGGAACGAUAAUUGGGACCCAUGCCAACUCCAAAAUAGCAACAAAAAUACUAUUGGGUUUGGGGAGCAUUCUGACCCUCAGAUCUUAACCAUCUUACGGUCCAAUAAUGUAGGUGGCCUUCAAAUUUCAACUCACCAUGGUUUAUGGAUCCCUGUCCCUCCUGAACCUAAUGAAUUAUACGUCAUGGUUGGUGAUGCCCUUCAGGUGUUGACAAAUGGGAGGUUUGUGAGCGUGAGACACAGAGUUUUAACGAACGAAAUGAAGCCGAGAAUGUCAAUGAUGUACUUUGCAGCACCACCUUUGAAUUGGUGGAUCACUCCACUGUCUAAGAUGGUGACGGCCCACAAUCCAUGUCUAUAUAAGUCCUUUACAUGGGCUCAAUACAAACAAGCAGCAUACUCUCUUCGAUUGGGAGAUUCUCGUCUUGAUCUAUUCAAGGUUCAAAAACAAGAAGAUAGCCAUCUCGUUCAUGCUUCUUCCUCUCCUUGAUAUACUUGAAUCACAUUCAUUGUUCAUAGCCCCUUCUUUUGUUUCAAUUAUUAUUAUUGUUUCUUGUUUUAUAUAUAGCCUUAGUAUUUUUUUGGUUUUGAAAUGUCGCCGUGAGUGAUUUAGUGAUCUACUAUGUAGAGAAAGAAGAAUAGUCACAUAGUUGGUAUUGUAAAAUAUAUAUAUAAUGUAGGCAAGCUUCCAAGUCCUAUACAAGGGAAUUUUGACAUGAAUUAUAUGUUCAAUGA